AUGGUCAUCCUAGACGGCAUCUCCAACGGCUAUCGCGAUGUCCUCUUGCCAUUGGCCUGUGAAGACCCUCUCUUGCAACGUGCGAUCUGCGUCGUUGCGACCCAGCACCUGGCAUUGCACAAUACCAGCCACAAGAAUGCCGCAGACCAGGAUCGAGCAGCCGUGAUCUCACGUCUCCGCCGGGAUUCUUUGCAAUCGUCCCCUGAUCGGGUCUUCAGUGUGUCCACGUGGGCUACCUUGAUCGUGCUCUUGGUUGGAGAGACUAUCACAGGGAGCUCAGAGUGCGGGUACAUGCUGCAGACUCUGAUCUCACUCGCCGGUAAUAUACCCCAAGCAGAAUCGUCGCAGUUAACUUGGUUCUUGCAGCAGCAGACGCACAUGUUCCAACUUCUUGGGCAGCCCCUGCUCGGGACUUCUGGUGGUUCUUCAUUGAGUUUCCCAGUUGAUCACUAUCUGGAUUGGACACAUUACGAUGUCCCUUGUCACUCCGAGUACUUCGACUUCCUUCAUUUGUCUCGAUUGGCCUUUAACAAGGCGUUUGAGAUCUACACUGGACGCAAAAACACCAAUGACGAUCAGUGGGAAUUACUCGAAAGUCUCAAAAACCUCGUUCAUCGUAUCGAUCCUAACCAAACAGGGUCACAUGCUCUGGUCUGGGUCUGCUUCAUCGGGGCGGCUGAUAGUGUAGACCCGACUCACCGAAGAUUCUUCGUCGAUCGAAUGAGCCAGAUCUAUGCCAAAACAAAGUUUGAAAAUAUUGCUGCCGGUAUGCGAUCGCUGCCUGCGAUCUGGUCAGAGCAGAGCUCCGGCAAAUGGACGGAUGAUCUCGUCCGACUGGCCCCUACGUUGGUGAUAUGA